AUGCCCGCGGCACGCGACCCGGAGCUCCCGCAGACAUUUGCCGGCAAGGUAUUUACUGUAGCUGGCGGCAGCCGUGGCACCGGUCUCGCUGUGGCCAAGCACCUCCUUGCCCGCGAUGCUUCGGUUUCCAUUUCGAGCUCCUCAGCAGACAACAUUGCGACUGCCAAAGCAUCUCUGCUCAAAGAGUUCCCCGAUGCAUCAGAUCGCCUCCAUGACCAUGUCGCCGAUAUUACCAAGUUGGACCGGGUCGAGACGUGGAUCAACGCCGUGCUCAAGCACUUUGGACGCAUUGACGGGUGCGCAAACGUUUCUGGCAAGGAGCAGCGCUAUAUCAGCCCUCUCACCGACAUGUCUCUCAAGGACUGGAAGGAGAUUGUUGACGUCAACCUGACUGGCAUGUUCCACCUCCUGCGUGAGCAGCUCAAGGUCGUCUCGACAGGCGGCAGCAUCGUCAACGUCGGCAGCGUCAACAGCAAAUAUGCGUCCUAUGGGCAGGGAGCGUACAUUGCAUCGAAGCACGGCCUGAUGGGCCUGACCAAGGCUGCUGCCUUCGAGGCGGCGCCGAAAGGAAUGCGUGUUAAUGCCAUCAAUCCUGGAGGCAUCAACUCCGAGAUGACCUCGAAGCCCUUCUUCUUGCCGGAUGGCAGCGAGUUUAUUUCGACCGGCGAGACGCUGCCUCAGCUGUUUCGGCGCAUGGCUGAGCCCGAGGAGAUUGCCGCUUCUAUUUGUUUCCUGCUCGGUGACGACAGCAAGUUUGUCACCAAGGCCAUCUGGGACAUCGAUGGCGGAUUCAUGGAGUCCAAUUUUACGUAG